AUGGCAUAUGUGACACAAAUUACUGAAUUAACUUACAGUAGUGCUACAUUAUCAGUUCAGUUACAAGGAACUUCAAGAGGUUCAACGGAUAAGGGCUUGGUGAAGAAUAUUUUACUUGAUCAGACCUUUUUUGAUACACCACUUGAAGCUGUCAGUUUGUUCUUAAUAGGUGUGAACUUGAGAACUAUUCUUCCGUCCGUGUCACUUUCGACGACAUAUUCAACGCUAUAUUUGACCAACGCUAACCUUACUGAAGUUUCGGAACAGCUGAGUACUUUUUCGUCAAUUACCAAGCUGGAUAUGUCUAUGAAUUACAUCGCGGAGCUGCCUGACAAUACUAGCAACAUCUGGACGGGUUUGAGCACUAUUGUGGAUCUAAACUUUGCAGAAAAUACGCUCACAGACUUUCCUGCUGUACUAAAUAACCUCCAGACACUUAACCUUACAGGAAAUCUCUACACAACUAUUCCGGACAAUAUCUUUACCAUGAUGGAAUCAGGAGUACUUAAAUACCUAUACAUGACUAGGUGCAACCUAACAAAUGUACAAGUGUCGGCCACGCAACUAGCGUUGCUACAGAACCUGGCAGUUUUUGAUGCGGAUGUGACGAUCACGGAUUGUGGUGCAGGCUACUCAGCCACGCCGCUAAGUAACGGUGAUACGCAGGUAUGCACAGUGUCGACCUCGUCGUCUGGUGGUGGAGAUAGCAGUCAUACACUGCCCAUUGUGCUGGGUGUGGGUUGCGGUAUUUUAGUGCUAGCUAUCAUUGGUUUUCUGUGGUACCGCAAGAAAUAUGGUGGAAAGUUUGUGACAAAGAGCGGAUCGACGAUCUUUGGCACGGAUAUGGGCUCGAGUCUUACGGACGGUGACACGACGUUUGGCUCGUCGAUUUGGGACGACCCGGAUUUGCUUGCAGCACGGAUCGAGCACCGCGAUGUGGAAGCUGUAAAGUUGCUCUCCCGUGGCGGAUUUGGUGAAGUCUGGCUAGGUCUGUACAUGAACGAAAAUGUCGCCAUCAAGCGGCUGCUGAGUGACAAGAAAACAAUGCAGGAUGCGCUGGCGUUUGCAACAGAAAUCAAAGUAAUGGUGCGUUUGGAGCACCCUAAGGUCGUUCACUUUAUCGGUGUGUCAUGGGCCAACGCACUGACUAUUCAGGCCGUGACCGAAUUCAUGGACUGCGGCGACCUUAAGUCGCUGUUGGACUCGAGUCGUGCUAGCUCGUUGACGUGGGCUAACCUGAAGUGUCAAAUUGCCAUUGAUAUUGCCGAUGCUUUGGUAUACUUGCACACGCUGAAUCCGAAGCUCAUCCACCGCGACUUGAAGUCUCGAAACGUGCUGAUUGACGCACACAGUGGCGCUAAGCUGAGUGAUUUUGGUAUUUCGCGUAACCGCAGCUUCGAUGAGACUAUGACUGCUGGUGUGGGCACGGCUCGCUGGAUCGCCCCUGAGGUCAUUUUGGGUGGACAUUACACGGAAUUUGCGGAUAUUUACUCAUUCGGUGUGGUGCUGUCUGAGUUGGACACGUGCAAGGCUCCCUUUCACGACGCUACCAAUACUAACGGCGGUAAGAUGCAGGAUGUAACCAUCCUACAGCUCGUGUCAGCUGGCAAGCUGCAGCCGAGCUUCAAUGAGUCUUGUCCGAUUUCUAUUGUGAAGUUGGGACGCGCGUGUCUGUCAUUCGACCCGGUGCAGCGUCCAAGCGCCAUCCACAUUUCCUAUGAGCUGCGCAAGAUUAUGAAGGACGAGCUUUAG